UUUGUAUUUUUACGAAAUUUUACAUAGAAACCCCUAUUACAACUGGCGCUGCAACCCAAAUUGUAACAAAAAAUCGUAUGGAAAUCUCUAUUACAACUAGCGCUGCAACCACUUUAGAAACCCAUAAAUUUGAAAAAAAAAGUUAAAAAAAUAGGAUAUGGAGUAUUUUUUUUUUUUUUUACUUUUUUUAAGUUAAUAUUAGAAGUUAGUUGAGUAAUUAAAUAUCCAAUUAGUGAGUAGUGGAAGAUGAUUUUUUAAAUCCAAUUAUUAAUUUAAUUGGAUUGAUUUUGAAUAAGAAAUUAUGUUGAAUGAUGUGCAGCCCUAUCUGCAAGUACAAACAAAGCAAAAAAAAAAAAAAGAAGUAGCCGUUACAUACAAGGCUCACUCACUCACUCACUAUCUAGAAAUGGUAAUAAAAAAUUAUGAAGUAUUCUAUAAUUUUUCAUUUUUUUUUCCGUAAUUGUAAAUGUAUUUUGCUAUAAAUACACAUCUUUUAAUCUCUAAACUACCAUAUUCAUUAUAUUUCUCAAAGAAAAAAAAAAUAUAUUUCGUGGGUUUUGUUGGUUGAAUCUGAUUAAGUUUCUUCUCAAUCAUCAACUGUAUUAUUUAGCAAUGGCGGAAGGAGCUAUCUUGAGUGUGGCUCAAAGCAUUAUUAGAUCACUGGCUACUGCGGCGCUGAAAGAGAUGGGUCAGCCAUGGGGACUAAAACAGCAACUCCAGGAACUCAGGGACACCAUGUCUGCCAUGGAAGCCGUGCUUCGAGAUGCAGAGGAUCAGCAUGCCAGCAGCCACCAAGCCAUUGAUUGGGUUUCCAAGCUCGAAGAUACCCUUUAUAAAGCUGAUGAUUUGGUCGAUGCCAUCGGCACCGAAGCUUUGGGAAGACGAGUGAGGUUUGGAGGCAAAAGAAGUAAGAAGGUACGCAUUUUCUUCUCUUCAUCUAAUCAAUUUGCUUUUCGAUUGAAAAUUGGUAAGAGGCUCAAAAAAAUUCAAGAGAAACUGAAUAAGAUUAAACAAAUUCGAUCUCUUUACAUGACUAAUAUGAACCCAGCUCAGAAUAAUAUUAAAGCAUCAUACCCAUUACAAGAUAUUAACGAUAGGGAGACUCACUCAUUGGUUCACCCAGAGGAUAUCAUAGGCAGGGACAGUGAUAAAAUGAGAAUCAUACAAUUGUUAGUGUGUACUGAUUAUGAAGAUCAGGAUUUAAUGAUUCUGCCCAUAGUGGGUCUUGGAGGGUUAGGAAAAACAACACUUGCUAAGUUAGUUUUUAAUGAUCCCAAAAUUGACAAAUUCUUUGAAUCAAAAUUGUGGGUGUGCGUGUCUGAUGUGUUUGACUUGAAAGAGAUUGUUAAAAAGAUGAUAGAACCAAAAGAAAAUUUAGAAAACUUUGACUUGAAUUCGUUGAAGAAUCGCCUUAGAGAUAAGCUACAGGGGAAAAGGUAUGUUCUUGUGCUUGAUGACAUUUGGAACGAAAAUCAAGAAAAGUGGGAAGAGUUAGAAGAGUUACUGAGGGUUUUGGGUGCAAAGGGUAGCAGGGUAUUAGUAACUACACGUAGUAAAUUGGUUGCCAGAAUAACAAAGACUACUGAGCCAUUCGAGUUAAGUGGUUUGGAUGAAGAUCAAUCUUGGUCUUUAUUCAGAAAAAUGGCAUUUAAGAAAGGAAAAGAGCCAGAUGAGUCUAGAAUUUCACCAAUGAAAAAGGAGGUCGUAGAAAAGUGCUGGGGAGUUCCUCUUGUCCUUAAGACAAUAGGAAGACUAUUUCAAUCGAAGAUGUCGUUGUACCCUGAAGAAGAUGUAGAAAAUAUAUGUUUGUCAUUCAUGAAUGAUGAACUUAACAAAGUAAUUCAAGAAGGGGAUGAUAUUUUAAAAACACUUAAAAUAAGUUAUGAUCGUCUCCCAUCUCAAUUGAAACAUUGUUUUGCUUUUUGUCGAUUAUUUCCAAAAGAUUAUGAAAUUGGGGUAGAAGAAGUGAUAAAUCUCUGGAUAGCUCAAGGGUUUAUAAAGUCAUCUAGUGAAAACCAAAAUGAUUUAGAAGAUGUUGGUUAUGCACAUUUUAUGCAUCUAGUUUGGGGUUCUUUCUUUGAACCGCCUUUUAAAAGUGAUGAUGAUGACGUAGUAAAAUUUAAAAUUCAUGACGCCAUGCAUGAUCUUGCAAUUUUAAUGGCAGGGACAACCGGAGUUGUGAUAGAUGGUCCAAAGGCAAAAGUAUUUGAUGAUAGAACUCGUCAUGUAUCUUUAACUUUUAGUUCUAUUGAGCUAUGGAAAAUACCUAUGGACUCACUUAAACAAAACAGGAAACUAAGAACAUUUUUGUCAUCCAAUCAAAAACAUGACGACUUUAUUCAACGUCCCUUUUACUAUAAAGGGAUUUCUGAAGUUAUUUUAUCUUCUUUUAAAUUACUUAGAGUUUUAGGUUUGUAUAGUAUGGGAUUUAGUAAAUUACCAAACACUAUAGGCGGAUUAAAACAUUUAAGAUACCUUAAUCUUUCGUCAAAUCCAUUUGUGUCCCUUCCUAAUUCUAUAACUACAUUGCAUAAUUUGCAUACUUUGAAUCUCGAAUAUUGUGAAAAACUUUGGAGAUUGCCUCAAGAGAUAGAUAAAUUGUUGAACUUGAAGCAUCUUCUGUUGAAAGGCUGUCUUAGUUUAGUUUUUAUGCCAAGUGGAUUAGGUAGAUUGACUUCUCUCCGCAGGUUAGGUGAAUUUAACCAAUGCAGUUACAGGUCAAAGAAUAUUGCCAGGCUUGAGGAAUUGGGCAACCUCAAUAGCUUAAGAGGAUCCUUACGAAUUAAUCUAAAACACGGGAAACAUGAUUCUUUGGAAUGCAGUGCUGCACAUUUAAACAAGAAACAACAUCUUCAACAUAUAAUUUUGUCGUGGGAAGUUGAGGGAGAUGAUGACAUUACAGGAGAAAUGAUUGAGAGUGAUGAGUUGUCAUUAGAUGCCCUACAACCUCAUCAAAAUUUAAAAAUACUGACAAUUCAUCAAUGUACCGGCAUUAGAUUAGCACAUUGGCUCUCAUUGCUCACUAAUCUUGUUUACUUGAGUUUAGAUGCCUGUAUAAAAUGCCAACAACUCCCAGAGUUGGAUCAACUACCUUCUCUUCAAGAAUUUCAUCUUUCUGAGUUGGGUAGUUUGGAGUACAUAUCACCCAAGUUCUCUGCUUCAUCAUUAUUCUUUCCUUCACUCACUUCCCUUUCAAUUUUUCACUGUCCUAAAUUGAAGGGGUGGUGGAGAGACUCUGCCAACCUAAACCAAGCCCAAGGUCAUUUUGUGCUCCCUUCUUUCUCUUGUCUUUCUGUACUAAACAUUUAUGACUGCCGUAACCUUACUUCCAUGCCAUUAUUUCCAAAUCUUGAGAAAUUCUUUAUGUAUAAAUGUAGCUCGAAGCUAUUAUUAGAAGAUACAAUAAUGAGGAGGAACAUUGCUGGUAUGGUAGCAUCGUCUUCUUCUUCUUCUUCUUCUUCUUCUUCUUCUUCUUCUUCUUCUUCUUCUUCUUCUUCUUCUUCUUCUUCUUCUUCUUCUUCUUCUUCUUCUUCGUCUGCAUCCUUCUCCCUUUUGUCCAAAUUGGAACACUUGGCUAUUGAAGGAAUAAAUGAAGACGAGGAUGUAGAAUUCCUAAGAGAGAGAAUUGCCAAUCUCUUCUCAUUACGAUUUCUUCAAAUUUGCGAAUGUGACAAUUUGGCCUCACUCCAGAAGCUAGAAUAUUUAUGCUUGGUUCUUACAGAAAGUUGCUCCCACCAUGCUUAGUAGGAAAAUGAGAAAUAAUACCUUCUACAAAUUGACUAAAAUAAUCUACUUUUUCAAUUAAUUCUUUUAAAUGUAGUGUUCUGAUGCAUUCAAUACCUAUUACUCACUACAAAAAUCUCAUAUUUUAUUGUAAAAUUACUUUCAUUACUACAAAUUAUUAAUUUUAAAUUACUGUAAAAAGAAAAAAAAGAUUAGUAAGCUUUUUCUAACAAAUUUUAGAAAACUUGUCUCAUCUUUUAAUAAUGCCCCCCCAAUUCAAUAUUUUUUUCCACUCAAUUUCACACUUCUUUCCCCUCUUUUUCCUUCUCCAUCGAACACUGUACAAGUGUGCUUGGUAAAGAUAUUUUGUUAGGAAUUAUGAGAAUGAAAUUGUUUUAUUUUGUAAAGAGAUAAUUUAAGGAGAAAAAAAAAAUGUUUGCUGUUAAAAAUUACUCUAUUAUUAUAUAUGCAUAUAUGUGUGUGUGUCUAAUGUAUAUGCAGUAAUACUGUAAGAGUGACCUGCAAGAAAACAGUGGAGAGGAAAUGUCAGCCGCCAGUACUCUUUGUUGGUGCAUUGAAUGAAUGGUGACAAACAAAGGCUUUUUGGUUCUUAACAACAUCAUGGCCAGGCCACCCUUGUUUGUUUUAAAAUCCCUCUUAUUAGAGCUUGCUAGGAGAAGCUGCUGAUAAAGUGAAUUUGUUCAAUGAGAUGGAGUUCAUGACCAUAUGCUAGAAUUAAUAUCUGGUACUGAAACAGAAAAAGAUGUAUCCAAACUCUCAUUGUUUUGUACAAAACUACCUAGUGUUCAUCUCAUUCUUGUUGAGAUGGGCAAGGAGCUUUGAUCUUGAGGGUGCAUUUGCAGACUACGAGAGUAGGAGUUACGAGAAUUGGCUUUGAUCUUGAGGGUGCAUUUGCAGACUACGAGAGUAGGAGUUACGAGAAUUGGCUUUGCGAUACGUGUAUCUGUAAGACUUCAUUCACUUUGUAAGAUUGACUUGGAAUAUGGUGGAUUUGGUUACUGAGGAGCUCCUCUCAGCUUUAUUCCUUUUUUUUUUAGGCCGAACCACAUAAAUUUCUCUUGUUCAUUCUGCUUGCUUGUUUUCUUUUCUUAAGGCUGAAAAUGUAUGUAUGUAUGCUCACACCAAUGAAAAUGUUCACAUUUAAUA